GGUCAGAAGAUAAAAAGUGCUGCUACUGAUAAGGAGGCAGUGCAGAGCAAGCAAGGUGCCAUACAGUGAAACAGUGUUGAAAGUGCUGUGCUGGAGAAGAGAAUAAGGAUACUUCUUUGGUUGUUGCGGCGUGCCUGUUCCGUGUGCGCUAUAUCAUGAGAACAUUAUUAUUCUGAAAACUGUGCAACAUUCGUAAACUUUGUGUUGUGUGGUGCACAGGCAUGAGCUUGGCUCAUUCGUCCUGAGGAUCAGAUUUAUUUGCUGAUAAUAAAGUGUAAUUUUGUUUAACGAGCGGUACCGCAAUGAAAAUGUAUUUCUUCCUCGUAAUCCUGUUGUACAAAGGCAGCAGCCAUCUGUCCUGUGCCGAAUUCGAGCUGGCAGCGGAUGGUAAUCAGCCGGAAAACGAACCUGCUACCGUGUUCGAUUACAGUCCGGAGGGCAGUGAAGGCGAUUAUGGCAAUGGUAACAACGGGCUGGUGUUUGAAUUCCGUCGGAGCAUCAAGAGUGACAACACCGAGAUAGAGGCCCGAAGGAGAAGUGCCCUGGACAAGAACUUUAUGCGCUUUGGCCGCGCAGAUCCGAAGCUGCAACGGGUGGCCCGUGCCAGUAAACAGUCUAAUUUGAUGAGAUUUGGUCGGCCUGAUCGAGGAUUUAUGCGAUUUGGAAGGGUUCCGGGCGAUGUUCCGUACUCGCUAGUGCAUCAGGAAGGUGAUCAUGAUCAAAUGAGCAAGGAGGGUGAGUCUAAAGAGGCUGGUGGAGACGAAGAAGUUCCGUUUUCAAAGCGGACUCCCAUUUCUGCUGAGGAAACUGAAAUUAGCGAAUCGGGAGAGCAAAUUAAGCCAAAGCAGUAUGUGUACUAUCGCCGUGAUGCGCCCAAGAAUCUCAUGAGGUUUGGGAAACGAGCUGACCCUUACAAGUUUCUUCGAAUGGAUCGUGCCAAUCUGAUGAGGUUUGGACGAGCGGGAGGAAAUGCGCCACGUGGUAACUUGUUGCGGUUUGGAAGAUCCAAAGGAAACUUGAUGCGUUUUGGACGCUCAGAUCCACGAUUUAUGCGAUUAGUGAAAAUGGAUAACAAUUUUAUGCGAUUUGGACGAUCAGACAAAGGAACUAAAUCACUAAAUGGCACAGAUACGGUGCAUCUAAACAGUCAACAGAUAAAGCAGCUGAGUAACAAUCGAAUAGCAGCGAAUCCCGAUGAAGAUUAUGAAAUUCAGGUUCAAGAAGAAGACAUCCUUGCCCCGAUGUACUCGGUUCAGAAAUAGUUUUUUCUUCUAAACUACACCAAAUGUUAGUAAAGUGAACGAACUGAAUUAUGUCUCGAGGUCGGUUUGCUGGUGUAUUUAGGAACACUCUGCAUCACUCCUCUUUUAGGGAUGCUGGAUGAUCACGAUAAGGCUGGGACCAGCAACCCGACUUCGAUGGACGAUCUUGAACGCCGAACACAUUGUAGACAAGCCAGAUGAAGUGAUUCUUACUAUUUAGCUAUAUUUAAGAAUUUACAAAGUGAGUCUAGUCGUUAUUAUCAUUAUCAUCUAAGCCAAACUAAUUUAUUGUAAAAAGACCCUAAUUGAAUAAAAGCAUUGUGAAAAACUAAACUUAUGAUCUGAUUAUAUUGGUUCAUUACUGU